CCCCCCGCCCCCCACCACCACCCCCUUAUCCCAUCUUAGACUUUCUGGUCACGACGACACGCUUGUGCCCAGUCGCCCCCUCACCGCUUCUUUCCUACGACCUUCCUUCCAGGUAUCCCUUCGACACCGCCAUCCCCACAACACACACUCAGAGAACCGUCGACUCAGCACCUGCUCAGCAAACCAGGUCUGUGUCCGCUCUCACCCUCAGCCGCGACGGUCAACGCCGCGGUUGAGUUCCCGGUAAAUAUGCGCACAGUCUUAAUCUUACGCCUUCGUCCUCACGGCCUGGCCGCGGGUUCGAAGAGAGCCGUUCAAGCUCUGUCAAGGACCAUGGGCACCCUUUUCGGCACGCACGCCGCGCGUAUCGACGAGGAAGGCGUUCUGCACGUCAGUGCGGCGCUCAGCUCUGUCGACGGCGUCAUUCUCGACGCGACCGAAAUGGACAAGGCGCCUCUGCCUGCCCUGGUCGUCACGGCUGCCAUUGACGACACCAACGCUCCUGUUCAUGUCGCCACCGACACCGACAACACCAGCAUGCCUGCCAUCUGUCUCCUUGACAACCCCCUGGCCAUUUUCGAGCGCGACGCGCCUUUGGCCAACGAUAUUGAUGUGGUCGCCACCCUGUUCCUUGGCCGCCCCAUUCCCACUCCGACUUCUCUUGGCCACUCGCUCAACCUCAUGGCCAACGAGAGCCCGGAGCCUGCUCUCCUCAUGGAGGGCGACUCGGAACCCGAGUCACCGGUUGGCCCAGCUAGCCCCGAGGCGGACGACCUAAUGGGUUCGCCCGUCCUCGAGCAACUCUGGACCAGCCUUGACGGAGACAACACUGCCGACGACACCGACGCCGGCUUUGUAUCUACCGCCGACAACGCAAGCGACAGUCCUACCAUGUCCUACGCUUCGCUGGCUUCUCACGCCGGCGAACCGGACGUUGUGUAUGAGACGAUUGCUGCGCCCACUGUCACGCAUGAGAACGAAGUUGUUGACGCCGUCCCUGAGGGUGAUGUCAUUCAUGACUCUCCCAGGGGCUCGCCAGUCUCGACCAUCGUUUUCUCAUCCGACGACGAGGAUGAAGUCGACGACGGCUCAUUCUACGACCUGUCCCCCCAGCCUGUUGGCUUCGGGUUCAGCAACGAUGACGUUUCGGCGCUCGUGGACUCGCCUGCGCCGGCCUCCACCACCAUCGCUUCGCACGAUGAUGAGAACAUCGCCCCCAACCUCGGCCACCUCGCCAACUUUGACGACUUUUUCGAACAGGUUCCGCUUUCGCAGACGGGUCGCUUCGCCUUGGCCACCUACCUCGCCUCGGCCAUUGUGACUCGGCUUGCUUGCCCUGCUCCGGCUCGUGUCGGCCAGGCCGGUUCAUCGGAGGAGGAGUGGGGUGUGACCGCCGUCCUUAACCGCGCCCAGCACCGUGCCAGCGGCCUCUACGACUUCCAACCCGAGUUUGUUCUCUCGCGCUCGCCUUCGCCUGUUCCGGCCGUUGCUGUCUCGGACAAGCUUGCUUCGCCCAGCCUCACCGACCCGUACGGUAUCGUCUCGGCGCACUCGUACAGCCGUGGUAAGCUCGUCGCCAGCCCGUCCUUCAUCGACUUUGUCGUCACCCUCAUCAACGCCAAGUCGCUUUCAGCCGAGGUUGUCAUUGCCGCGGCGUGGUUCCUCGAGACCAUCCCCCUCCAUGCCAUCGACAACCACAAGGGGGUGGACCUUCGUCAGCGUCUCGAGGCUGCUCGCUACGAAGGCCAGAUGUUUGCAGUCGAGCGCCGCAUUGCCAUGCUCGUUCUUCUCAUCGCCGACAUGAGUGUCUCGGACGACACUGCUCACACGUCUGCCUGGGCCGAAGUGUCGUCGGUUCCCAAGGUCGAGGCUGUCCAGAUGGAGCGUGACCUCUUGGCUCACCUCUUCUUCUCAGUCUCAAUCCCUCUCGAGUCGUGGCGGGACCACUGCUCGCAAUUCUACUCCGGUCUGGCGCGCAACAACAAGUUUGAUGACCAGGUUACAUGGGACCUGUUGGAUGUCGGUCACAAGCUUGUCGUCAAGGCGACAGCCGCUCUCCAGAACAUUGACAAGUCGGUCUCGGCCUUUGAGACCCACCACACACUCCUUACGACCCUGCCUCCGAUUCAGAUGCUCUACGCCGAGCGAGCCGAGUUUGCUCCGCCCUCGCAGCUCGGCGAGUGGUUCACCGCCGCCAACACGUACGGCCAAGUCGCUCAGCCCGGCUUCCUCGACGCCAGCUACUACUGCAACUCCCAGCCUGCGGAUACCUUCUACGACAAUGACGACGAAGAGUUUGUCGAAUACGAUGGCGCCGCGCCAUUCCCGGCGCCUUUCCCUGCUUUCCAGCCGUUCAACGAGCACCAGGAGCAGCCGGUGCCGAUGAUGGCGUACGACUACCCGCCCGGUUUUGUUCCCCAUCCCAUGGCCCCGGAGUACUUUGAGCCUGCCCAACAGCACCAGCAGCAAGCUCUAUUCGACGACUACGACUAUGGCUAUGGCUAUGACAACUUUACGGCUCCUAUUGGCCAAGACGACGGCAUGGUGGACGACGACGCGAGCUGGAUGGAGCCUUACGACGGCGCCGUCCGCUUCCCCGCGUACACCACGCAGGCUGUCAACGUCCACACGACCAGCUCGACCCCCGUUACCCAGGCGAUUGAGCACCAGGUCGUCAAUGUCCCCGUCCCGGUCUCGCAGCCACUCCCCGCGCCGCAGCCCACCUCGCAGCCGUUUUACGACAAUGACAGCGAGUGGGAUGCCGCGCCCUACGACGGCGCUGUGGCCUUCCCCAUCCCCAUUCUGGCGGAGGAGGAAGCCGCAGAGGGCGCCUACCUCUCGGACGAAGAGCGCGAGUCGAUCCAGGCCUGGCUGGCCCAUCUCCCUCGUGUCCCGUCCCGCAAGCGUGGUGUGGCAAGCACCGCGACUGCCACGUUCCCCUUCCAGCAGAGCUUCUCAUCAGACUGGACUUCCGACGUUGCCAUGCCCAACGAGGCUGGCUUCAUCGAGGACGCGGCCUAUGCCGACGUCUGGAGUGACCCCGACAACUUUGACGACGAAGACCCCGACUCGCCGGACACGCAGUGCGGUGUCUUAUUAGUCGGGCGCCAGCAGGCCAACGACUAUGUCGACAAUGCCAGCUUCCUCUACGGAGCUCUGGUUCACCCCGUCGAGGGCUCCUCCUCUGGCCAAACCCGCACCUCUGAGCGCAUCUCUGAUCUGUUCAAGGGUGACGGUGAUGCCACCAACAAUCUUUACACUCUCUCGCACAACCGUAUGCGCUCCAGGACGUGCGGUGCCGCCAAUGUCGGGCUGUCGACAGCUUUCGACCGCCUCGCCACGACACCCAACUUCCUUUCUUCGUCUGCUGGGCUCGGCCCUGUCCAGACGGCGCCACGCUUCAUGGCGCUUUAAGGCCCUUACUGUGAGUCUCCUUUGGAGGCCGGUAUUGUGUUUGCUUUGCGUUUCCCGUUCUAACUCGGCCAUAGACUAGAGGCCGCCGACUCGUUCUUCUUUUUUCUCUCUUAAUGUCUUUGCAGCCCACCCGCGACUCGGCUUACCGGGCGUCGAGCUUUGCCUAAUGACCCAUGGCUGCUAUCCCGGCGUUUCCCAUCACCACCACCCUCAACCCCAAGUCAUGCAAAACACCAAACGACAAAAAAAAAAUCCAUUUCAUUUGAAAAGCCAAAAACAUCUAGAAAACUGUUGGCGCAGUUGAGUAAACGAGUUAUACCUCUUUUUACGUUUUGUUUGCUACUGCGUGCUCGACCU